AUGCCAUCUCCAGGCGAGCCCAUUGCCGUAAUCGGCUCAGCUUGCCGCUUUCCCGGCGGCGCAUCCUCUCCCUCCAAACUCUGGUCCCUCCUCCAAUCCCCCAAAGACUGCCUCCGCGACUUCCCUAAAGACCGUCUCAACCUUGAAGCCUUCUACAACAAAGAUGGCGAGCAUCACGGCGCCACUGACGUCUGCAACAAAGGCUACCUUCUCGAAGAAGACAGUCGCUUGUUUGACGCGUCGUUCUUCAAUGUCAACCCCGCUGAGGCUGAUGGUAUGGAUCCGCAGCAGAGAUUGACGCUUGAGACGGUUUAUGAAUCGCUUGAGGCGGCGGGGUAUACUAUUGAGGAGAUGCAGGGGUCUUUGACGGCGGUUUAUCUGGGUGUUAUGACGGGUGAUUAUCAUGAUAUUCAGUCGAGAGAUCCUGAGAUUAUCAAUCGGUAUCAUCCGACGGGGACAUCAAAGAGUAUUCUCUCAAACCGGGUGUCGUACUACUUUGAUCUUCGUGGACCAUCAGUUACGAUGGACACAGCGUGUUCGUCAUCACUCGCAGCACUACACUUUGCAACACAAUCUCUUCGUAGCGGUGAAUCAACCACCGCUAUAGCCAUCGGUGUCAAUCUUAUCUUUGAUGCCGCCGGCUACGUCGCUGAAUCUAAGCUUCACAUGCUGAGUCCUACAUCACGCAGUCGAAUGUGGGAUGCUGGAGCCGAUGGCUACGCUCGUGGCGAGGGUGUCGCAUCUGUCAUUCUCAAGCCUCUUUCCGAAGCUAUCCGCUGUGGCGAUCACAUCGAGUGCAUCGUCCGUGAGACGGGUAUGAACAGCGAUGGUCGCACCACCGGUAUCACUAUGCCUUCCGCAGCGGCACAGUCAGCGUUGAUCCGUCGAACGUAUCAAAAUGCUGGGUUAGAUCCUAUCAAAGAUCGACCGCAGUAUUUUGAGGCUCACGGCACGGGUACUCUCGCUGGUGACCCGGUUGAGGCACGCGCUAUUAGUCAGUCAUUCUUUGCUGACGAUGCAACGGCACCGGAAGAUGCGGAGAAGCUUUACUGUGGCUCUAUCAAGACGGUCAUCGGUCAUACAGAAGGCUGCGCUGGUUUGGCUGGCUUGCUCAAGGCAUCUCUGGCAGUGCAGAACGCAACUAUUCCACCCAAUUUACUCUUCAACACGCUGAACCCGUCCAUCAAGCCCUUCUACGAUCGACUCCAGGUUCCGACUGCAGCGAUGACAUGGCCAGAAGUCCACAGUGGUCCCAGACGAGUCAGUCUGAACAGCUUCGGCUUCGGAGGCACCAACGUCCACGCUAUUGUUGAGAACUACGAACCCGCCGCAUCCAAGACAGCUGCAGUGUCUGAGCAAUUCGUUGGUCCUCUAGUGAUCUCUGCCGAGGCUGAGCCUUCUCUCGCCACAACGGUUGAGAAGUACGCCGACUUCAUCCGGGCCAAUCCAGAUGUCAACCUGGAAGACGUGGCGUUCGUCACACAGACCCGUCGAAGCGUCUUUAGUCGACGGGUUUUUUUCUCCGGCGAGACCAGAGACAAGCUUCUCGAGUUCCUUGACACAGCUGUUGAGACAUCCAAGACGGGUGCUGAGAUUGGCAUCCAAGCACCAGGGUCAUCUUCUGAGCCCCCGGCUAUUCUUGGCAUCUUCACCGGCCAAGGAGCGCAGUGGGCAUCCAUGGGUAGAACCAUGAUUGAGACGUCUUCUCGGUUUCGGGAGUCGAUACAGAAGUGUCAAGAUGCUCUGCGUGGCAUUCCUGAUGCGCCAAAGUGGUCUCUCAUGGAUGAGCUAAUGGCAUCUGAUGAGGCUUCUCGCAUUGGUGAGGCUGCUAUCUCUCAGCCUCUGUGUACAGCGACUCAGAUCGCAAUCGUGGAUGUUCUUGCGUCCGCGGGUGUUCACUUCGAUGCUGUCGUCGGCCAUUCAUCAGGCGAGAUUUCUGCCGUUUACGCUGCAGGUCUACUCUCAGCUACUGAUGCAAUGCGCAUUGCCUACUACCGAGGUCUCUACGCCAAACACGCCUCUGGACCAUCUGGUGCUCCAGGAUCCAUGAUGGCUGUGGGUAUGGGCUCUGAAGACGCAACAGCCUUCUGCGAUCAGGAGCAGUUCAAGGGACGAAUUAGCCUUGCUGCGAGCAACUCUCCGUCCAGCGCUACUAUUUCUGGCGAUGAGGACGCUAUCUUGGAAGCGAAGGGGAUUCUGGAGGAGCAGAAAACCUUUGCCCGUCUCCUAAAGGUUGAUACGGCUUAUCACUCGCAUCAUAUGAGAGCUUGUGCAGACCCAUAUCUUGAGUCGCUCAAAGCUUGCAACAUUACUGUCAACCCUCCUUCCAGUAACUGUAUCUGGGUCUCUUCUGUCUACGGAAACGCAGAUAUGCUUGAUGACGAGGAUGAUCUUUCGGCUUUGGCGGGGCAGUACUGGAUCGACAACAUGGUUCGCCCGGUACUCUUCUCCGAAGCACUGGAGUGCUCACUCUGGAGGGCUGGCCCCUUCAGUCUCUCGCUCGAGAUCGGUCCUCACCCGGCUCUGAAGGGUCCGGCUUCACAAACAAUGAAGACUGCUCUGGGUCACGUCCUUCCGUAUGCUACGUUCCUGAGACGUGGAUACGAUGAUGUCGAAGCAUUCUCGGGUGGAAUCGGCUACGUCUGGGCCUAUCUCGGAACUCAUGUAGACUUUGCUGGGUACUACAAAGCGAUCCAUGGACCUGAAGCCAGCAAGCCACGGAUGAUCAAAGGACUCCCAUCUUACACGUGGAAUCACAACAAGGUCCACUGGAAAGAGUCCCGAAUCUCUCGUCGUUACCGUCUCGCUGAGAAAGCUCCACACGAACUUCUCGGUCGUCGCACUCCAGAUGAUUCAGAGUUUGAGAUCCGCUGGCGCAACAUCCUCCGUCUCAAUGAACUUCCCUGGAUUCGCGGUCAUGCUUUUCAGGGAAUGGCUCUCUUCCCGACAUCAGGAUACAUGGCUAUGGCUAUCCAAGCCGCCAUGGAGAUUGCUGGAUCAAGACCUGUCAAGCUUGUGGAGAUCCGAGACCUUGUUAUCCCUCGGGCGCUGACCAUUGAGGAGAACAAUCCUGGUAUUGAGUCUAUCUUCUCUGUCAAAAAGAUUGGCGGCCAUGUUGACGAGGAUGUUUUCUACGGAGAGUUCUCUUGCCAUACUUGUCCCGCCGAAGUUGAAGCAACCCUGGAGAGGAACUGCACCGGUUUGAUCACCAUUGACUUUGGUGAGCCUUCGGACUAUGAUCUUCCACCGCGAGCACUUGGAAAGUCGGGUAUUACACCUGUCGACACCCAGGAGUAUUAUGACUCACUUCUCAACAUUGGUCUCAACUAUCAGGGUCUCUUCCGAGGUCUCAAGUCUGUUCAGCGAACCAUGGGAUACGCUACGACAAAGGCAACUUGGGACAAGUCCGAAGUGGGCGACCAGUAUGUCAUGCACCCAGGACCUUUGGACGUUGCAUUCCACUCCAUUAUUGCUGCUAUGUGUACACCUCUCAGUGGAGCUCUUUGGGCACCGUACCUACCUGUCAAGAUUGAUAGGCUGGCGAUUGCUCCAAACACCAACUACGAGGGAGUACCAGGCGAGAUCAACUUUGACGUUGAUACUUUCAUUACCGAGACAACGUCCAACACCUUCAGAGGAGAUGUACAUAUCAUCAGCCUCGAUGGUAAGACUGGUUUGCAAGCUGAAGGUCUCACCUUGAAGCUGUUCACCGAGGCAAGCUCCUCUGACGAUCGACACAUGUUCUCCAAGACAAUCUGGCGCGCUGAUAUCUUGGACUCUUCCGAGAAUCUCGAUGAGAUCAACCCUGAUGAGCAAGAACUUGACCUCGCCGAAGCCAUUGACCGCACGUCUUUCUACUUCAUCAGGAAGACCUUUGAUCACCUGUCAGACACGGACGUACAGGACUGGAAGUGGUUCCAUCAAGCCUUCUACAAGGCUGCGAAGGAGGUUCUCCAGGAGACGAGGGAUGAGAAGCACCCAACUGCGCAGAAGGAGUGGUUUGAUGAUACCGAAGAGUUGAUCCAGGAGUACAAGGACAAGUAUCCUGAGCAAGCUGAUCUCAAGCUCAUUCACGCUGUGGCCGAGAACCUCGUUGGCGUCAUGACAUCCGACACCCAGCUCUUGGAGGUCAUGCUUGUCGAUAACAUGUUGAGCAACCUCUACACCGACGGCAGAGCCAUGCAACCUCUCAACAGAAUUGUUGCAGAGCUUUUCCAGAAUUUGUCCCAUCGAUACCCUCGUCUCAACAUCCUUGAGAUCGGAGCUGGCACAGGUGGAACGACGAACUCGGUCCUCAACGCCAUUGGAGACACAUAUGGUCGAUACACAUACACCGACAUCUCAGCUGGAUUCUUCGAAGCCGCCAAAACUCGCUUCCAUGCACACAGCAAGCAUCUCGAAUACAAGGUCCUCGACAUUGAGAACGACCCAACAGGCCAAGGCAUUCCCGAAGGUAGUCAGGAUGUCGUUCUAGCCGCCAACGUCCUCCACGCCACUCGCAACCUCAACGAAACCAUGACCAACGUUCGCAAACUUCUCAAGCCUGGUGGCUAUCUUAUAAUGGUUGAGGUCACAGGUUACUAUCUCCAAAUGAUGUUUCUUAUGGGUGGUUUGCCUGGUUGGUGGCUUGGCGUCGAUGAGGGAAGAGCUCGUGGUCCGGGAAUUGGGUUGACGGAGUGGGAUGAGAUUCUCCGAGAUUCGGGCUUUACGGGAGCCGAUAAGUAUGUUACUGACUUGCCUGACUCUCUCAAGCAUGUGUGCUCUGUGCUCGUAUCGCAAGCCGCCGAUGAGAGGGUCACAAUGCUCCAGGAGCCGCUGUCGUUCCUCGACGAGAUUCCACUGGAACAGCGACUUCUCAUCAUUGGUGGUAAGACUCUACCCAUCUCUCGAAUCGUCAAGAGCAUUCAGCGCCUUGCAUCCCGAGUCGCAGAUCAAGUUACGGUCGUCGACAGUAUCGACUCCCUAUCAGACAAGCAUCUCAGCAAUGAAACAUCAGUCAUCUGUCUCACCGAACUCGAAAAGCCCAUCUUCUCUACUCCCAUGACCUCUUCGCGUCUUAACAACCUCCAGUCUCUGUUCUCCCACUCAUCACACGUCCUCUGGCUCACAGCAGGUCGUCUCGAUGAGAACCCAUACGCCAAUAUGACAAUCGGGCUUGGGCGCGCUAUCAUCAACGAGCUGCCUCAAUUGAACCUUCAGUUCCUUGAUCUUCCCAAAGCCUCGAGUGUUGAUGCGAAGAUGGUGAUUGAGGCGUUCUUGAAACUCAAGCUCGCCAAGUCAGCUGAGUUUACCAAGACACCGAUCUUGUGGAGUACAGAGCCGGAGGUACUACUGAGGGACGGUCUUGUGACGAUUCCCAGGGUGGUGCCUGACCAAGAGAGGAAUAAUCGGUUGAACUCUCAGAGGAGGAAGAUUACCAAAGAGGUUUCUCUGAGCCAGACGGAAGUUGUUCUGACCGAUACUGAGGGCGGUCUCUGUCUUGAAGAAAAGGCACCGUGGGCCAAGUCCCUCACUGGUGAUGGCAUUGCCACCAUGAAAGUGGAACAUUCACUUUCACUUCCAUUCUGCGAGGAUGACGCACGAGUUCUUUGCAUUGGCAAGAGUGAGGGUAAAGUCACCAUGGCCAUCACUCCUCGUCACAGCUCAACAGUCUCAGGCCCAGCAACAGAUGCAUUUGCCGUUGCUGAGGCGGAGCCUGCACACGAACAGACAGACCUGAUGGUCGGUAUGGCUCUCAACUUGACUGCAUCCCUCAUCCUUUCGAGCAUCCUAUCAGCUGCACCUAACACUGGAGAUGGCAACGUUCUGAUCUACGGUGCAAGCACUGACAUACAGAGAGCCCUUACCGCCCAAGCCUCUCGCAAACUCGUCUUUGCCAGCUCUGAGGUCCACUCCGACUCGAUUUUCAUCCACCCCAGAGCAUCCAUACGAACCAUUCAGCAUGUCCUCCCUCGAGGUAUCAGUCACUUCGUCGAUCUCUCCGAGAAGACCGACGACAAGAUCAAACAGCACCUUUCUCACCUGUUUGAGACCAUCAACUUCAAGCCCAGUCAUGCAUUAGCCUACAACACUGCUCAAUUGCUUGAGACUGCUUAUCACUUCAGCCGCCAAUCACAACUCUCGUCACCUACAACGGCCGUCUCUGUCCAAGACAUCACCUCUCUUCCAGCCCUCGACCUCACGCGCACUAUCAUCGACUGGACCAACCCCCAGCCCGUUAGCGUUACCAUCCGCCCCAUCAGCGGGCAAGGCCUCUUCUCCAACGACAAGACCUACCUCAUGGUCGGUCUUGUCUCAGACUUUGGUCGCUCGCUCUGUCGUUGGAUGGUCGAGAACGGCGCCAAGUACAUCGUCCUCACCAGUCGCAGAGCACAGGUCGACCAGCUCUGGCUUCAAGAGAUGGAAGACUUGGGCGCCAUUGUCAGAGUUUACCCCAUGGAUGUAUCCAAACGUGACUCUGUACAGUCUGUCUGCGAUUCUAUAAAGAAUCUCCCACCUGUUGGUGGUGUUUGCAACGGUGCACUUGUUCUGAAGGAUCAGCUGUUCGUUAAGAUGGAGCCUGAUGCACUGAGCGAUGUGUUUGCACCCAAGGUUGAUGGAACCAUCCAUCUUAGCGACAUCUUCUCAGAGCCGACUCUCGACUUCUUCGUCUUGUUCUCGUCGAUGAGUUCUGUUGUUGGAAACGCUGGUCAGUCCAACUACAACGCUGCGUCUCUAUUCCAAGCAGCCAUCGCUCAGCAGAGACGUGAAAAGGGUCUUGCCGCUUCGGUCAUGGCUUUGGGCAUGGUCGCUGAUGUUGGAUACAUCGCUGCAAAGGGCCCAACACUUAUGGAGCGGCUGAAGAAGGCUUUUUACAUGCCUAUUUCGGAGUCUGAUGCUCAUCAGAUCUUUGCUGAAGCUGUCGCGGCUAGCAAGCCUGGAGUGACUGAUGACGACACGAUAGAAAUGGUCUCAGGCAUCCAGCCUUUCAACUACACGGCGUCGACUAAGGCCCGACCUCCUUGGGUCAACAACCCUCGCUUCUCACACUUUGUUCGUGAGGAAGAAGGUUCCAAGGAUGUUGAUGCGUCUCGAGCAGGCCAGAGUAACAUUCGCAUCUUGGAACGACUGGACGCUGCUGGUUCCGAAGAGGAGGCUGCUGCUGCUCUUCUUGUUGCCUUCAGAGCCAAGGUUGAGACAAUGCUGCAGAUGACUCCAGACAGUCUCAACGUCGAGGCGUCACUACUGGAUGUAGGUAUCGACUCCCUCUUGGCUGUUGAGAUUCGGUCAUGGUUCUUGAAAGAAGUCCAUGUCGACGUCCCUGUCCUCAAGACUCUCAGUGGCGACAACGCCAAGGACAUCUGCGCCGACGCAGCGAAUAAGUACCUCUCAGCCAAAAUGCAGGAGAAUAAGUCUGAAACGGGCGAUGCGUCAAAGUCAGACUCAGCAGCCAACGGGUCAGCGACCGGCACCUCGAGUGAUGGUAGUUCAAGUCCCGUCAGAUCAGGUCAUGCAACACCACCGAGUACAGUUGGGGAAACGGAGCAGCAAGAGGAGGUCAAGCAGGAAAAGGAGUUAGAACGAGUGGAGAAGCUGUCGUAUGCUCAGUCGAGGUUAUGGUUUCUAAGUCAGUUCUCCAAAGAUGAUACCUCGUACAACUGCGUCUAUGUGUAUAAAGCCACUGGAAACAUCCAGCUUGCACGACUGAAGAGGGCCGUAUCCUCUGUGGCAAAUCACCAUGAAUCGUUGAGAACAUGCUUCUUUACCCGACCGGGAAGCGGUGAGCCUGUUCAAGGCCUACUUGCUUCAGCGAGAGACUGCCUCAAGCAUGUCAAGGAUGAAGAUGGUCACGCUUUGGAGCAUGAGACUAAGACCUGGCGAAACCAUGUUUGGCAACUCUCUGACGGAGAUGUUCUCAGAGUCAUACUUGUCACUCAUGGACCUGAAGAGCACUCCCUCAUCAUCGCCUACCAUCACAUUGCUAUGGAUGGCGUGAGCAUGCAUCUCUUCCUGCGAGAUCUCAACGCCGUAUACAUGGGACACAAGCUCAAUUCGUCACCGAAGCAGUACAUGGACAUCUCAGUCGAGGAACGAAGGGCCGUCGAGAGCGGCCAGAUGGACGACAGGAUCUCGUACUGGACCAAAUUGCACUCACCAAGUGCAGACACUCUUCCACUAUUCACAUUCGCUCGUGUCAAGUCACGGCCUAUUCCCAAAACGUAUCAUAACGUCGAGUCUCUCAUCGACAUUGGAAGCGAGCUCUCGGACCAGAUCAAGCGAGCAAGCCAGUCUCUGCGUAUCACUCCUUUCUACUUUUACCUUGCCGCGCUGCAAACACUCUUCAACAAGCUUUUGGGUGUGGAGGACAUCUGUAUCGGUGUCACAGAUGCGAACCGCAGCGAAAGUAGCUUACAGACCAUCGGCUUCUUCCUGAACUUACUGCCCCUUCGCUUCGACAUUCAGAAGGAUGUGAAGUUCUCAGAUCUAGUCAUGAGAACGGCUCUGCAUUAUCGAACAGCACAAGCCAACAUGGGAGUUCCUUUUGAUGUCAUUCUCGACAAGGCGAACGUCCCUCGAGAGUCAACCAGUACACCACUCUUCCAAGUCGCCAUGAACUAUCGGCAAGGAAACUUCUCCAAAAUCCCGCUUGGUGGAAGCAACCUGCAGUUCAAGGAUGGCUUUGAUGCUCAAAGUCCUUACGAUCUUGCUUUUAGUGUUACGCCCAACAAUGACACGACUUACGUACAAGUUGUUGCAAGAGAAGAUUUAUAUACAAGAGAAGGGACCGACACUCUAUUAUCUACAUAUCUGACAUUGUUGCACGAUGCAUCGCGAGAUGUAAGCAAGACGUUGGAGACCAUCAGCCUUUACGAUCAAACCGGUAUCGACAAGGCACUAUCGCUCGGGUAUGGGGAUGUGGUGGACUAUGAAUGGCCCUCAACGCUAACAGAGAAGGUGGAUGAGGCUAUCAAGAGGAACCCUCAUGAUGCCGCUGUCAAAGAUGCCGAUGGUCAGCUCACCUAUGGAGAACUUGCGGUCAGGGUCAACAGCCUUGCCUCAACCAUCCAGUCUCAGCCCCAGCCUGGUUCACAGGUAGCUGUUCUCUGCGAGCCGACCGCAUGUUGGGUCAUCUCCAUGUUGGCCAUAAUCCGUUCAGGUUGCGUCUAUGUUCCUUUGGAUAGCAAGUUGCCUGAUGAGCGACUGAAGGUCAUUCUCCAGGCUGUCAGACCUGAUCUGAUACUCUGCGAAAGCUCUACCAAGGAGCGUGCUUACCACCUCUCCAAUGGGGUGCCUGUCCUUUCGUUGACUGACAUGCCCAACUCGACCGAGGCCAUUACUGCAGCAAACCUAGAGAGUGAGAAUGAAACCACUUUCGUCCUUUUCACAAGCGGUUCGACAGGUACGCCAAAGGGUAUCAGACUCUCUUCACGGGGGAUCAUCAACUAUGUCGCCACCAAGAGCUUGAAGCUCUCUCUCCGUCGAGAGGUUGUUCUUCAGCAGAGUGCUCUUGGCUUCGACAUGUCCCUUGCCCAAGCUUUCAUGGCUCUCGCACUUGGUGGUACACUGGUAAUAGCGCCUUGUGAAAGUCGUGGUGAUCCUUUCGCCUUGAGUAAGCUCAUGACUGAUGAGCGAGUCACAUUCACGUUGGGAACUCCCACUGAGUAUCUCAUGCUCAUUCGACAUGGAGGUCAAACUGUGAAGGCAAUGCAAUCUUGGCGACACGCGACUUCUGGUGGUGAAGCCAUCACUGCUCAGCUGAAGACGGCUUUAAAGACGUUGCAACAUCCUCCAGCUCUCACCGAUUGUUACGGGCCCACUGAGAUCUCAUGCUGCGCUACCAUGAAGAUGAUUGACCUCGACAAUGAUGGAGACGACAGUGUUUACUCAUCUGUUGGUCCAGCGAACCCCAACACUUCCAUCUACAUUCUUGAUGAAAAUGGGCACGUCGUUCCGCAGGGACUCACCGGUGAGAUCUGCGUUGGCGGCGUUGGUGUUGCGCUCGGCUAUCUCGACGAGAAGUCAACCUCGCAGAAGUUUGUGCCGAACCCGUUUGCGACAGCUGAGCAUACUGAAAAGUGGUGGACUACGAUGUAUCGUACUGGAGACAAGGGCCUCAUCCGUGCUGAUGGCAAUCUUCAGUUCAUGGGUCGUAUGGACGGCGAUACGACUGUCAAGCUUCGUGGGCUACGCGUCGAUCUUGAUGAUGUCGCCAACGUCAUGCUACAGCAGUUCAAGGACUCCCUCGAGGAUGUUGUUGUCACUUCCCGUGGUGAUCCAGCUUUCCUCGUUGCGCAUGUUGUGCUGACCCCGAGAACUUCUAUGGAUGCCUCGAAAUUGCAAGAGUUGGCGAGUACCUUGCCACUUCCUCAGUACAUGAGACCUGCAUUGGUCAUAGAAUUGGAGAAGCUGCCGUUGAAUAGCAGUGGAAAGGUUGAUCGUCGUGCUAUCGCAGCCUUGCCUCUACCUACAACACCCGCAUCAUAUGAGCCUUUGAAGAAGGUAUCGGACCGAAAGCCAACGCUUGUUGAAGGAGAGUUGAGACUCAUUUGGCACAACGUACUGUCUCAAGCGGGACUUGUAAACAGAACGAGACUUGAACCUGACACAGAUUUCUUCCACGUUGGUGGCAACUCCCUACUUCUCGUCAGGCUCCGAAGUGCAAUUGAGAUCUCGAUGGGUGUUACGCUGCCUCUUAGCGACAUGUACCGUUCUAGCACGCUGGCCGGAAUGGCGGGUCUGAUUGCGCAACAGAAGGGCUCUGACUAUGUGCCUGAGGUGAUUGACUGGGAGGCCGAGACAACUUUACCUCUGUCUAUCGACCUGAAAUACUCGAGCGAUACUAUUCCUGUCAGGACAGAGUCUGGUCUUGAGAUUCUCAUGACUGGCUCAACAUCAUUCCUAGGGAAGCAGAUCCUCCAGUCUCUCUUGAGCCGACCGUCAGUCGCACGCAUCCACUGCAUCGCUGUUGACCCAGACUCUGAGGUCAGUCACCUCAAGGAUGAUCGCGUCACGGUGUAUCCUGGCAGCCUGAGUGAACCCAUGCUGGGACUCAAAAGAGAAACGUACCAGCACCUUCAAGCAACUGUCGACACUAUCAUUCUCGCGGGAUCUCAAGGGCAUUGUCUCAACAACUAUUCAACCCUUCGUGCACCUAACGUGGAGUCGACGCGACAGAUGGGUCUCUUCGCUCUUGGUCGCCGGGUUCCUAUUCAUUACAUCUCAUCAAGCCGAGUUACGCUGCUCGACCCCAACGCAGAUGCUGCCCUUCCACCAGUUAGCGUUAAAGACUAUCAGCCUCCUACAGAUGGAUCGGAAGGGUUCACAGCAGCCAAAUGGGCAGGUGAAGUAUUCCUAGAGAUACUAUCAGAAGCAGCAGCAGCGAAUGCAGAGAGGGAUCUGCCUGUCUCAAUCCAUCGGCAUUGCGCUAUUGUAGGUGACGAGGCUCCUAUCGAAGAUGCACUCAACGCCUUGCUGCGAUAUUCCAAGCUUGUCAAUGCUGUACCACGUGUGUCGAGCCUCAAUGUCGGCGGUUACUUUGACUUCCUCCCUGUCGCGGAUGUCGCCGACUCCUUUGCUGAGUUUGUCGUAUCCUCUCAAGGAACGCACUCAGGCGUGGCUUUCAAGCAUUACUCGAGUAGUGUCAAGGUGCCGCCAGCAGAGUUCGCUUCAUACAUGCAAGAGACAUACAGGGGCGAGUUUCGGGAGCUGGAUUUGGACGAUUGGAUUGAGCAGGCGAGGAAGGAAGGAAUUGAAGAGCUAAUUGUAUUGUAUUUGCAGGCUAUAGUGGAGAAAGGACAACGGAUAAUAUUUCCGUACAUGGGGAACAAGGAGUAG